GAUGGCGACUUGGAGGUGGUUGUCGCUGAUGCUCAGGGAACCUGCAGCAACUUUCACCGUCUUGAGGAGUACCGUCAGCCGGCGGCGGCUGAGUCCUGGGGUUUUGCUGGGGCUGGGAGUUGCUGGAGUCGGGGGCCUGGUGUUUCACGGCGGCGGGAGCCAGUGGUGGAGCGGCAGCGGCCUGAGCCGCAGGUACAGCGUGUACGCAGCCGAGCAGCAGGACCAAGGUCUGCCUCAGGAAGAAACUAAAGAAGAUUAUGGGUGUGCUAGAAGUCGUAAACAGCGUUUCAGACUGUUAGCCUCAAUGGAGUAUGAAGGGGAAUUAUAUAUGACUCCUAGAGAUUUUUUGUUCUCAGUGAUUAUGGAAACCAUGGAUGAUACUGAAAAGCACCUUACAGGUAGGAUGAAUAAAAAGAAAUUAGCAAAACAGGACAUUGAUGCACUGAUGACAAGAGCUACAAAACUGAAACAAACCCAUCAUCUUUUCAGAGACCUUGGUGAUGAAGGUCUGAUAUCAUACACCGAAUACUUAUUCUUACUGGGUAUUCUAACAAAGCCACACACUGGAUUCCACAUUGUUAGUAUGCUGGACAUUGAUGACAACCAACGAGUUGAGAAGAGAGAAUUUCUAAUGCUGCAGAGCAUCAUUGGUCAAAAGAAAGAACACAAGCUAGAAGCACAUUCUACAUCAGAAAUUAACAAAGAAAUGAACACAACAUUGCUGGUGCACUUCUUUGGGAAAGAAGGAGAGCUUAAACUUCAGUAUAAAGACUUUUAUAGAUUUAUGGAAGAUCUGCAAAGAGAGGUGCAAGAGAUUGAAUUUAGAGAGUUCUCUCAAGGCAUGAAAACAAUGAGAAGAGAGGAAUUUGCAUCGUGGCUGCUCCAUUUCACUGAAGAGCAAAAUCGUAGUAUUUACUGGAAAAAUGUGCAAAUGAAAAUACCUCCAGGAGAGAGCAUUUCCUUCGAAGAAUUCAGGGCAUUUUACAAUUUUAUGAAUCAUCUUGAAGAUUUUGCUUUCACCAUGAAUAUGUUCACUUCAGCCAAUCGUCCUGUUGGAAUAGCACAAUUCAAGAGGGCUGUGAAAGUUGCAACAGGGCAAGAACUGUCAGAUAAUGUUCUUGAUACGGUCUUCAAGAUCUUUGAUGUAGAUGGAGAUGGAUGUUUGAGCAAACAAGAGUUCCUUUCAGUGAUUAUGACCAGACUCCAUCGUGGCUUUAAGGCACCAUCACAACAUGGAUUGAAGGGAUAUUUUAAAUGCGUGAAGAAAGAAACUAUUGCUGGAGUUCAUGAAGCCUGGAAGCAAUCCGGAAGAAGUCCCUGUUAAUACUACUGAAUCCAGGACCUUUCUACAGAAAAUAAUCCACUACCUUACAAAAAUUUUCUCAACAAGCAAACUCUUCUGUCAGUGAAUUUGAAAAGACCUGCAGUAUAUUUUGACUUAAAUGUGUUGAGGGUUAUUUGAAAGUUGUAAAUGUCUUGUUUACGUAAAUGUUUACAGAAAAAUAAUGCUAUGUGGUCUUCAUGAAAAUGUAUUCUGGCAAGUCUUUUCUCAGUUGUUUACAUACAUAGAACUUAAGAAGAUACAAUUUGUGCCAUUUGUAAUCAACAUCAUAGUCUCUCUAUUUCCUCAAAUAACAAAAGGCUUUAUGCAUUACAUUUUCAUUGAAGGCCAUGCAGUUUAAACAAAAUUAGACCUGACUAAAUAGUUGCAUUGUUCUGUUUUAGUUAAUGACAUUGAGAGAUAGUAAUUGUGUGUUUAUUCAGAAAUGCUCAAACAAAAUAUUUAACCAGUGCUACUUCACUGCAAGGCACAAAAUAUCCAGGAAGUUCAGUGAAUAUUUCUUCAGUUUGUUUUACACAAACUUGCUAUGAAUCUCAAAUUUUCAAAGAUGUAUGAAUUUUUAAAAAUCUAUUAGUCUCAUGGAAAUUCUGCAAGUAAUUUUUGUGAAUGGUUCAUUUACUGUGGCGAUCUCAAUUAUUCUUGAACUCUACUUUUUUUUGGGGUGGAUAAAAGGCUCUUUACAUCAUUUCUUAUGUGAACAUUAAAGGAAUACAAUGAUUUAAUUGAAAUCUAGAAAUGCACCUGGAAACAUUAAUCUGCACUGUUCUUUUUUGCACUAAUAAAGUUUGGCUUUCAAAAUCA